AUGCCUUGGCGUCCAUUAAUGCGUUAUUUAUCAAAUAAUGAAGAAUUAAUUCGUCGUCUUUCAGAAUCAUAUCCAAUACGUCGUGCAGCCCAAUUAACAGCAUAUUUUUUAAAUGUUGGCAAAGAUAAAUUUAUUGAACAACGAGGUAAAUAUGAACGAGCAGGAGGAUGGAAUAAAACAAAAAGAGAUGUAAAACAUGAUUUUAAAGCAGUACAAGAUAUAGGAAAAGAAUAUAUUUCAACUUUAUUUCGACCUUAUACAGAUACAUGGGAAAAUUACAAAGAACUUCGUCGACAACAAGAAAAAAGUCAAAAAUCAUCAUCAUCUACAACAACAAAAGCAACAACAAAAAAUAAAAAACCUUUUUCAUAG